ACCCAAUUUUGUUAGUGGUUAGGACAAUUACAUCGAUUUUUCUUUUACUUUUUUUUUGUUAUUUUCAUUCUCUUAAACAAUUGAUAGCACAUGAAACACAGGACACGUAGAAUAUAAAAAUCGAAAAUUCUCCGUCGCUAAGUUUCGUUUAUAUAUAAAUCACAUAAUCCAUGAUUAAUCAAUCACUCCAAUAAAACAAAAUAGCUCCACCAUGAACGACUCAGAACAUGUUCGUCCACUAGCUCCGGCGACCAUUCUUCCGGUGAGCGACGAAUCCGCCUCCAACACCAGGCACAACACUCUCCGUCGCAGGAAGCGGAUGAAAUGCUUAAUCUGCGUCACUGUAACAUCUCUGAUUCUACUCACGAUCGUGUUGACUUUAGUUUUCACGGUGUUCAGAGUCAAAGACCCGACCAUCAAAAUGAACCGCGUAAUGGUCAACGGCCUAGAUUCAGUCAUGGGGACUGAUCGGGUCCAACUCCUGGGAACAAACAUCUCCAUGAUCGUUGACGUGUCAGUCAAGAAUCCAAAUAUGGCGUCGUUUAAGUACUCCAACACCACGACGGAUAUAUAUUACAAAGGAACGGUGGUAGGUGAAGCUCGUGGGCUACCAGGCAAGGCAAGACCACAUCGGACUUCGAGGAUGAACUUGACGGUUGAUAUCAUGAUUGAUCGGAUAUUGGCGGAUCCGGGUUUGAGUCGAGAAGUGAGUACGUCUGGUCUUGUGAACGUGUGGAGUUAUACUAGGGUUGGUGGUAAGGUGAAGAUUUUGGUCGUGAAGAAGCACGUGACGGUUAAGAUGAACUGCACGAUGGCUGUGAACAUCACCGCCCAGGCGAUUCAAGAUGUCGACUGCAAGAAUAAAAUCGGUCUUUAAGGUAUACGUCUACGUACGUUAGGAUCGAUUUACCGUUUUUUAUUGUUUAAUUUUAUUCUUCAACCUUAUGCGAGCGGAUUCGAAAUUUCAUGACAGAUCACUAUUUACAUGUUCUAUUCGUUUUA